AUGGAGAGCAAUUGCAAAGAUCUUGUUUAUUAAAGAUUCAUGGCAUCAAUCGGAACGAAUAUAUUACGACACUGGCAGUUGUACUACUCGGUGUUUAUACCACUCUGCCCAAAACCAUAAUAUAUUUUGAAUUAAAGAUAUUGGGCAUAUUUGUCUAAGGGUCCCGACAUUUGAAAUAUAUUACACACCUGCUCGGUUCUCGGUAGUAAAAGCGGACUGUUCGACAAACAAAUAUUGGAAUGGCUGUCAAGUAAUAAAUAACGUGUUUUCUAGAAAACUGCUUCAUUAACGAAAAUAAAUUUGAUGGGUCGUCCAAGAGAUAACAUGGCAAACAAACUAAACUUUAAUUGUCCAAUUUACACAAACAGUCAAAACUUUACAAGGUAACUGUUAUUUAGUAAAUCCUAUAAGAGAGUAAAAUUUCGUGCAUUUUAACCCACAAACUUUUACAUAUGUUUGUCUAUCCGUACAUUCACGUGCAACGAAUAAGAACAUUCGUUGUUCAAUAAAUCGUUAAGUUUUAUCAGGACCGUACGUAUUAUUUCGCUUCUGCCUCGACAAAGGUAAAGUGCCUUAACGACUUCGCUUAUCGUUUCAGAUAUGCCUUUUAAAUAGGCACUGUUGGGUCGACGAGGGCAUAUUUCCUUGGAAUCUUUUUAAGACAACAUUAUCGAAAAUAUGAGGAAGUCUGUGCUUUUCGCUAUUCUUGUCCUGGUUUGCGUGUUGGUGUUCACUGAGACAUCGGAAGCGGUGGCGACUGCAAAACCCAAAACAACCAAGACUAAACGCUGGUGGGGCCGUCGUAGAACAACAUCACGUCGAAGAUGGUUGCUUUCACGUAGACGUAGAAGACGUUCAAAGGCAGCUGCUAAAUCUGAUGAAAUGGAUGAAGACCUAGAUGAAGACGACUUUUCACCAGAAAUCUUUGAAGACAUGAAUGAUGCGGAAAUUUUGGAUCAAGUCCGGGACCACCUUGGCUUUAACGAUGAAAAUGAUGAAGACGAUGAUGAAGAUAUGUUCGAUAACGACGACGACGAAGCCGAAAAUGCAUUGGAAUAAACUUCAUAAAUUGACUACAAAUUCAUUUUAAUUUUAACAACUUAUAUAAUAUACUAAUUGUAAGGUUAUAGCUGUAUACAAUUCUAAACACAAAUAAAGAAAAUUUAUUCCUAUUAA